UCUUUUCGCUUGCACCUCCUUGCACCCAGCAAACCGGUUCGGAGGGUGCAGCACCUUUUCGUUCUUUUCGUCCCCUCCUCGGCGCACUCUUGCCCCGCCCGCGUUCUUUUCGUAGUUCCCUCUGCCCCAGUUUCACGUUGAACCCAAAAACCUCUGCACCUUCCCGUACGUGGGUGAAAAAGUGUGGAAGCAGACGACAUCGUGAAAUGGCUGCGGCGUCGGUCUUCGAAAUCUGGCCCCUGCUCGAUGGGUAGAACUCGGAGGCCUCGUACAUGUUGGCAAGUUGCUGGACACGGCGUGAAGACAGUCGGAACAAACGUUUGUACUCGAAUUCCAUGUACUUCGGCACGACAGUUUCAUAAUACAGAGGAAUUCGACAGCAUUCAUGCCUCUCGAGAACUUUGAUUGUAGCACAAACCAAGCGCGAUUCAUAACACUCGUCUUCUGAGUCCGAAUCAACUAGCUCCAUAAAGGCCGACAGACUCCCGUUACACGCCAUUACCGUCACAAGAACCAGAAGAAUGUGGGACUGCGCGUACGAACAAAACUCCACGCUCUACGAAAACUCAAAACUACGCAGCUACAGCCCUGCUUCGUAGCAGACGACAGCCCGUUGUCACUGUCAUGUGAUUGCAUUCUUUUCAAGGGUUUAGUCCCUUUGCACCUUUCACUAAACUGGUUUUCGCGGUCUUCCCAACCCAGAAAACCGGGGAUUUAGGUGCAGCACUUUUUUUGCCGAAAAGAACGCACCUUCUGUUGACCUGAUUUACAGCUGAAAUGGCCAGGCAGCGAGCAUAACAAACAUGGCGGCCAUGGUGCAGCCACGAUACUGGCAUUCGCUCGCGGCCACUUGGCCCGCCUGAAUCGGAUGCCCGUGGACAAAUCUACAGUGUGUAUCUAAAGCCCAUCCAGACGUGUUGAGACGCGGAUGGGCCGAGACGUUGCUCAACGACUGUAGCCCACCACCGAAACGGAGGGCUGCUGCCAUAGAGCCUCAGUAGCAUAUUCUGCAUGGCCUAUUCCAUGUUAGCAGCAUGUUCAAUCCAGGCGCCAUUGCAAUGGAUGAUGGGGGCCGAUGUCUGCUUGACGUUAUAAACGACCCCCUCCUACUCCAGUCCUUCCUCGAAGAUAAGAGCGAGGAAAGCGCAAAGGAGCUCGGCACCCUAUCUUCCGCAGCACUGGAAAAUGUCUUCCUGGGCCACCAACAGCAGCAGGACCACGUAACCAGCACCACCACAAACUUGCUCCUACGUCAGUCCCCUGACUCAAUGGGGUUUGGUUUUGACAAGUCUCUCAACAUCGCUGCAGGCGAUAGCUCACCCCGCGUCGCGGUCUCUUCCACCGUCCCCCUCCCUCCAAACGGGCAGCAACACCCCUCCCCACAUUCCACGGCUCCCUCCCCCGUCCCUCCUGGUGGAUCCCGACCCCAUUCUGCCUCCCCACUACCUCCGCCCCACACUCCUUCUCCGGGGGCUUGGUCCCCGCAGACGCCCGGCCCUUCCCCACGUAGCUGCCAGUCCACGCCCGCCCCGACUUCGAAGGUCUCCACCCAGCCUGUUCCGCGAUCGACAGUGGUGCAAAUAGUGUCAUCUGCAGGCACCAGUGUAAGGACUACCAGUGCAGGGGUAGCUGCUCCCCCGCGGAUUAUUCAACCGAAGCAGCCUCAGCUCCUCCCGAAGCCUGCAGGAGGAAACCUUCCGCCGCCGACUCAGACUGCUCCUCCGCCGAGGGCGACCACGAAGCCCCCGCAGCCGGCGCCCCCUCCCAACACGGUGCAGCGGGCACCCAGUGUUGGGAUGGGGGCGGCGCCGGCCGCGCCUAGCCCGCUGCUCAUUGGCCAGCCGGGCCAGCCGACGGGGGUGUUUCCUGCGGGGGCACAGGGGACCUUCCUGCUUAACCAGUACAUUCCCGGGAUCGGACAGAGCCCCAUCCUCAUCCAGGGCUCCCUCGGCCAGAUCCAGGGCGUGCAGCUGGCGCUGCGUCCGCAGGCCACGGGGCUCACGCUGCAGUCGCCACAGGGCCACAAGCCUCACGGCCAGCCGACGUUUGUCAUCCCGCAGAACCUCGGGACACGGCCAAACAUUAUUCUGGCACCGAGGAUGGUUUCGUCGCCCUUGUCCUUUGCGAUUGCCCCGGGCCAACCGCUGACGCUGCAGCAGCUGCAGGCGAUGUUGCCCGCCCAACACAUGUUGGCAGCACAGCCGACGCUGGGCACGUUUGCGCAGCACGCGGAUCAGCAGCCCAUCAUGCACAUCCCGGCUUUCACCCAGCCGCAGAUGCUGACUCAAGACCAUCAUCACCACCACCACGUGACGCAGCAGACGCUACUUCCAGCUCAGCCGCAGGUGUCUGCACCCACGGUGGUGGUUUCGCAACCGGUGACAGUGCAGCAGCCAACCAUGACACCUCAGCCCGUGUCCACACCGUCGGAAAGGCCAAAGCCUCCGUCGGUGAACCUUGCGGAGCUCCUCAAGGAACAUGGGAUCAUGCCGGAGUCCGAUUCCACACCACCUCCAUCGCCAACUACCAUCCAGGACUCCGUGCAGGUCGAAGUGAACCAGACGUCGCACAACUGUACUGCGGUUCCUGCGCAGCCCCUGCAGGUCGUUGCGACGCCAGACACAAAGAUAUCAAAGGAUUCUACGAGCAAAUCCACCCUGAUCACGACCAGCACGGUCACCACAACCGCCGCACCGCCGAGGCAGGCCCAACUCUCCCUCGCGCACGAUGGCAGCGUCAUCCUCCGCCAACCCGAACCCGCCCAGUCCGAACUCCAGCCCGCCUCCGCGAGCGGACCCGCAAGCACCGUUCUCUCGAGGACCCACUCGGCCCUCCUGGAGCGGCUGUCCGCGGCCCCGCCUGUCAACGUCCCCGACCUGGCCACCCUGACGGCCGCGAGCCGGCCCCAGGCCAUCCCCACCCCCAUCGUCGCACCCCAACACCUGACCAUCCACGGGAUGAACAACGGACUGGUGACGGCGCAGACGCUCGCGUCGCCCCACUCCUUCGUCACGGUUCAGGGUCCAGGAGUUGCCGUCGCCAACGUGCUCUGCCACGGCCCCGCCACCAGCAGUGCGCAGGUGAACCACGUGGUGGUGAGGCACGCCCCCCUGGGGGGCCACGCCUGCCACUCGCAGAUGGUGACGGCGUCUUCCGCGCUGCCGAUGACACCCAUGAGUUCCAUCUCGACGUCGGUGAUGGCGCCGACCGUGAAAAUGGUGAUGGCGACCGCUCCGCAACCGGUGGUGGUGACGUCACCCGCAGUGUUCACGACGACGCAGGCCCCCAUGGUGCAGGCCUCACCGGUGAGGUCGACGACCCCGGCCACAGUGACGGUCGUGAGCCCCCCCACAACGGCAAACAAUGUUGUGAGACACACUUGUCCCAAGCACGGAGGAAUGCCGCUCAACUCGCAGAACCAGUUGCUGUACGAGCAGUUGCAGACGCAGAUAGCGAACCUAUGUGCAAUCAAAAAGCCGAGCCUGCAGCAGAAGCUGCUUCUCCAGCAAAUGCUCUCCGUGGAAGAGAAGCUGCGGGACUCCGCCAAGGUACACGUCACUUCCUCCGCAACGGAACCCGCUGCGCCCGCGGUUACCGCGACGACAGCGGCGACGAUACAACGAACGCAUUCUCCAAAGCCGGUCACGGUGCACGCUAAGAAACACCAGAUGAACCCGCAGAACAUGGCGGUCAAGACGACGGUCGUCACGGUGUCGCCGGCGCUUCCCACUCCGGUGGCGGCUGCCGUCACGGUGCCGGUGCAGAAGCAGCCGUGCGGUCGUGCACAGGGUGAAACGGUCGUGCACAAGGUGAACCACGUAGAUACGAAGCUGGUCAGCGUGGCAAAAUGCACAACCACCACGACGGCCUGCUCCACGCAGCCGAUUGUCAGCAGUCCCCUGGUGAACGCAGGGAAGGUGAAUGCCGCACCUCACCCGCUACGGGUGAUAGCCCCUGCUCCAAGCACUAGCGCUGUCGUCACCGCUGCGCCCGCUGUACCUUGCACUAGCAAUACUACAACGCUGAGCUGCACUAGCAGCAGCAGCAGCAGCAGCAGCACCAGUAGCACUUUCAGAAGUACUGUCCCUCUAACAACCACUGCUACCCCUACCAUGGCUGCCCUGCCUCCCCGUCCACUGUCUGCUAUUCCCCCUCACUUACGGGUUGCCAACCAAAUGGUGAAGUUGUCUCCUCAACAGCAGCACCAUUUGCACCACCAUCACCAUCACCACCAGCAGCAUCAGCCGAGGUCCCAGACCGUGGUACUCAGGGUACAGCAUCCAGCAAACCAUGUCGUAAGCCCUCCGGCAGGUACCGGUAUGAAGCAGAUCAUGGUUCAAGUACCCGGGGUGGUCAGCAAGCAGGUUGUAAGCAAGAACAACAACGCAUCGGCAAAAGCAUCCGCGGUGGCGUUACCUGGUAAGGUGGAAGCUGCAGGGCCUCUCAACCAAGUGGUGGAACAGCCAAAAGCUUGCCCCAUCAAACCCAAAGUUCCUGAUCGAUAUCAAAAGCUACACAUGUUCCACCAGCACCUGUCUGAAGAUCAAAACUGUACCCUCCGUCCAGACGCAAAAGUACCCUUUGCUUCAAAGCGGGAUGCCUGUCAGAGAUUACUUAGGUAUCAUGUCUAUAACACUAGGUUACCCAGGGAAGAGGAUCUCAAUAAAUCGGAUGAAAUCUUUGCGGAGGUGUCUGAACGGCUGCUAGAGGAACGGCGAAGGUUGUACGAAAAGUUCCAGUACCUGAUGCUUCUGGAAAGCAUGCGGGAGUACCCAACUGCGGAAAAGAUCAUGGUGGAGAAGCUUUUCAUCCAGCACGAGAACGAGGCACUCGCGCAGGAGAGGAAAGCAGCGGAGGAGGCAAGAUUUGAAGAGUUACCUACCAUCGACCCGUGGCCCACAAAAAGUCCAGUUCCAGUAGAAAUUCCGGAGUUCCAUAACAGUCGGACGUUUAAGAAGGAACCACCCGACCACUGGUUUGACGACGGCAUCGACCUUGAGCCGGCCGCAAAGCGCCGUUCUGUCAAGGAUGACGUGGAGGAGAUCGACCAUCAACACCACCAUCAUCACCACCAUCACCAUGCACCUCCAGACGACGACCUCAUGUCGAGCAUCCGCAAGGAACUCGAAAUGUCUCCCUCAGACGAAGAAGAGUUUGUUGCGGGUGACCUGGCAGACUUUGAGCCCCCCGUGGUGAGGUUCACAUCUCCGGAAUCGAAACGGACUUUGGCCUCGGCCGCAGCGAGUGCGGUGGACUGGACUACAAAAGCCUCCGGGCUUCCCAAAGCUCCAGAGUUGGACUUGUCCGGAAUAGCGGGAUUGGACGACGACGAAGAUGAGGACGAGGACAGCCGGGCGAGCAGCGCAGGAGGUCUGGGGCUCGGAGGCUUCAGUGGCUCCAGAGUGACGUUUGUUGAUGACGACGACGUCGACGUGGGCGGAGAACUGCACAAUCAGGUGCAGAGUGCUAUCAACAGUAUCCUGGACUUUAGGAGCGGUGGCGACUUGGGCUGCGACAGGGGCAACCGGGGCGAGUCGAUGGACUACGAGACCGCGGACGACGACACCCCGACGGACUCUGCGCUCGAUGAGGCUGUGCGGAGUAUUCUAUUGUGACGUAUUUGUUGGCUUUGCGAUGCUGGGAUGUGUGCAUGCACCCCUGUGACGGUGUGCGGAAGAGCGCGUUGCUGCGAUCCGCGGAAGAUGCUGUUCGAUUCAGUCCAGCUGUAUCAUCCUUUUUUCUGGCAGGUGUUGAUCGUUAUUAGAGAUGACCGCGGAGGGCCUCAGGGCAGACGUUUUAGUAGCAUUACCUUUAUAAUUUAAUAGGUAAACGUUUCUUUUACUGUUGUUGACAGUCUUUUUUAAAAGCGUGCUCAUUGUGUUCGGUAUGUUUUGAAAGUAUGCAGCAAAGUGCAACAAUUAACCAGUUUUGCUGCAAAAAAAGAAAAACAAAAGCUGCCGAAAUAAAUUGGACUACAAUUAAGGACUACAAAGGACAAAACAGGAACACUUGUUUGAAGCAAACAGUGUUUAGUUGUUGCUGAUACUUUGGAUCGUGUGAAGAAAAUUUUUUCAGCAAACUGAGAAAGUUAGACUUAAUCUUGCAUCCACUAAUCUAUUUUGCUGCACCUUUCACAGAGUCACAGAGAAUGGUUCCCCCGGAUGGUCAGCCGGCCUGAAUGCAAGGUUUAUUACUAAUCUGUCACCUCGGUUGAAUUUGCUACCGGUGUGUGAAAGACGCCGAAUCCAAACACUCGUGACUUAAGCGCGGACCCCAUGACAAGCGACAUGCUAUAGAUUCUGUCGCGUGUGCUAGUGCUGCUGUUUUCCGACCCAUUUGAGCGUCGACAAAACUGGGAAACAACAUUUUAGGAAAAAAAUCUGCAUUUCCCAACAAUAACACCUCUCGACGUGAAGUGAUUUUAGUUUAUAUACACCACACAACCAAAUGUGGAGUCAUCAAUUAAUAGCGUCAAAUUAUGUGUACAUGUAUUUUACGGGGCCGGCUCUUGGUGGCGCUGCGGUUCCCUUGCUUUCGUCGUCUUGUUCGUUUUCGUUUUUUUUUCCCGGCACUUUUGCUUUCGAAAGAUCGCUUGCUUCCCACAUACUAGCUCGAAAUUUCAUGCCCCCCACAUUUCUGUCCUUUAUCAUUCACUUCAGUUACAUACCGCCAAAUCUAGCGGAUUUGGGCACGGUCUCUGGCGACAAGUGACAAAUAUCUACGGAGAGUAGAUGCAAAAUUUUGUAGCCGCGGCAGAGCUCUUUUGUCGCUAGCGUGGUGGCGCCGCCGUCGUCGAUUUUGUCGCUUGUUAUGGGGUCCGCGCUUUAUGACUGAAGUCGUUUCUCGGUCAUGCUUCAGCAAUUUAAAUUAAACAGGUCACACUGGCGGCCCUCUAUUGGUGCAAAGUCGGUUGACAACACUGGUAGUUGUCCAAAAAAUAAAAGCUUUCAUCAGUGUCAAUGGAAACUUUGCAUUGAGCUCCUUCGUGGCAUCACUUCAAACGAACGUUCGACCGAGGGAACCAAGCUCUGGUGCUCAGUUGAGGGUGCGUUACGUUUUGUUGGCAACACUGGUCAGCACACCUAGCUCGCGAGCAGAGACUGUCCAUACAAAGAAAGAAAAAAAAUUAAAACUAUCGACGGAGAAGCGAUUUGUCGAAAGCGCACACUGUGAUUCUCGGGGACGGUUCUGCCCCCAACCCCACACGUCGUAAUUUAUAGCAGAAGUGCACACUUUGCCUUUCUUGCCAAGUGAGAGCCAGACUCGUGAUAGAAAGGGCUGGUUGGGCCCGGAACGACACACACAUGUACAUACUAGCAAACAGAUAACAAAAUGGAGCAUAGAGGGAUAUGCAAGUCACGGUUUUAAAGUGUGGACGAAAAGAAAAAGGCAUUAGUCGUGUAACGCGGUGUAUUCUUCUGUGUUACUUUUUUCCACCUCUCUCUCUACUAGGCAACAUUGUGAUCACCUCUUGGCUGGUUCUGAGAAACUGACUGUGAUGUGCUAUGUUUUUAUUUUUAUUUUUUUUCCCUUCGCUAUGUGCGUAUCACCUCAUUAUGCAAGAAAAGGAUGUCAUUUCUGUGUCGUAACCAGAGGAAACGUACGUGCACGUUUUUCGCAGAGCGACUGUCAACUUCAUUGUGUCUCUCUCUCAAAUUAUGUUUUCUUGUAACGACAACCCUUUCCCUGUUGUAUCGUGUCAUGCAGCUUUUUCUGCUCAAUUCAACUACUUAGGGUGAUAAGCCCUUCUACGAGUCAGAGUGUACAAACGUUUCAUUCCUCGCCUCUUGAUUUGAUCUUGGUUCAGAAGAUAUACAUAAUAUAAUUGAGGGUGUACAUAUUGUAAAUGUUACGUGCAGCUGACCAAUGCAGCGACCUGGCUGGAGGUGACCCAAGAUUUCUGAAGCGCAUUUUGAUAGUGCCUCUUUGAAAACGACGUUUCUUUGUUCGCAAGUCCCACAACAAAGAUAGCAGACGACGCACGUGUAUGCACACUUCCCAGCAUUGGAACUUUUUAUGUACAGAGGUUUAAAUUUUUUCUACAAAGGUGAUGCAAAAAAAAAAAAGUGUAAAUAUUUUAUUAAAACACCUGCAAAAAUUGA